AUGGUAGCGAAGGAGCUUCGCAAAGAGGGGCACUAUAGUACUGGUAGUAGUGCAGGCUGUGGUCACACGCGCGUUUCUCCCAGCCUGCGGAUGGCACGGAUCGACGUAUCGUCGGAUUCCAGGAGUGACACACUCGUGGAGGUGCAGCGACUCCCGCUGCCACUCCCACCAUCGGAGAGGCACACCACAGGGAUCUUCGUCCCGGAGGAAACGCCAAACUCGCUGAAUGGAAUGGCCUUGUCAACACCUGUAGCCUCGUUAAGAGACAAUUACAAGGAAAAGAAUUCAUUGAACCACCCUAAUGAUUUGAGCAUCACUGUUGCUGGAAUAAACACGGAGUGGGGGAGGCAGGAGGUUGCAAAAGUUCGGGGAGAUUUUGAAUCGUUGAAGUUGGCAUCAUCAGAGGCAAGGCCAACGGUGGAGAAAGAUGGAACGUGUGAUGCCGAUUUGUAUUCCAAACGUAGCUCCAGACAGGCAAAGAGUAAUGGAUCCAUGACACAGUCGACGGUGGUUAGACACGGGCAGAAUUUGGCGUUUAAUCCCUCGUUAAACGCAACAAAUUCGCGGGUCACAAAUUAUACGAUGCGGGUAGAUGGGGCAGGUGGUAGGCCUCGGACGCAGCUCUCAGAAUUGUUUCCUUUGGUUACUAACAACAGUGCUCAAGGCGGCCCUCUUGGGUGCGGAGCCGAGACUCAUGAUGCUGACACCACGUGGCUCUUCUUGACAAUAUUGGGAAUGAGUCCACUUCAUCCUAAUACUUCUAUUGUACACCCGUUUGUACGAAUGUGGUUGGUGAAUGGGGUGACUGGAGACAAUCUCAUUGAAAGUGGCAGCGGUGUGGCACCGUUUGUCGUGACACAUCCCGUUGACCUUCGCCUUCGAGGCACACGGGCACCAUGGUGGGGGGCUGAGUUUACUUUGCGAGUGAAUUCGCGUGUUGUACGUGAUGUUUCUUGCAACGCCGUCUUCCUUUUAGAAGUUCUUGAUGUGGGCACGGAAACCAUUCACGGAUUCCCGCUACGGCGGGAUGGACUCUACCCAAUUUGUUGGGGAUUUCUGAAACUACAUGACGUCCAUGGGAGGUUAAACGUAAGGGACCGGCUACUGCUGCAGAUGUUCCCCUUCCCGCAGCGCACCUCAUGCUUCACGAGGCUGAUGCAGAUGUUACCCUCAUUUUGUUUCCCCAACUCCUCUUCUUUUUCCACUCAGACCAUUUGGACAGGGGCGGGGAAUAUGUCACCAUUAGGAGCAAACUCAUUCCGUGCUGCGUCGGAUGCAGCAAAUCAGGUUUCCUUUACAAAUGGAUGCCCACCAGAAAUAUUCUUUGUCUACCGUAACUCCUGCAAUCGCAAAGUGCCACACUCCACCGGAAUGCUUAUCUCCCUGAAGGAGUUUGACAAAGGUGACUACCGUCCAAGGGAAACACCUAUUUUUCCGUACGAGGAAUACUUACUGAAUCAGUUAUCUGUGCCUGAGGAGAUUCAACCCAACAGUUUAGUCAGUAUGUCACAUCCGUCUCCGCGAAUGAGACGGACGAGGGAUGCGCUGCUGUGUUUAAUUAAUACAGAUGCGCUUUCAAAGUUAUACAUUCGGGAGAAGCGGGAACGUGUUGUUCCACCAACUGUAUUGCUGCAGCGAGUGCAAAUUCGGGGCAGAGUUUCAUGUGUAGCAUUUGCGGACGGUGGCACCGUAGUUGCGAUGGGAGUGACAUUUGGGUUUGAGCAUAUCGUUCAGUUGCGGCACGUGUUUAUGCCAGAGAUUCCUGUCAUUGGCAUGUUCCGUGGCCACGCUGGGUACAUUCAUCAUCUAGCUUUUUGCAACGAUGGCAAACUGUUGUUAUCGUGCUCCUCCGAUAAGACGGUGAGGGUGUGGCGUUGCGAUAUCCCGUCUUCUCCCAUGGAGGCAAACACGGUCAGCGAGAGUAAUUGUUUAUGCACUCUCCCUCACUCCUUCCCAGUGUACAAUGGUAUUUUCUACAAGAGACAUAUUAUUACUUGCGGCUACGACCCACGUAUGUUCGUCUGGAGCUACAAUAAAGACCCUUCUGAGAAGCCUGAAAAAAUGAAUUUGGAUGCUGCUUUACGUCGGACUUCACGACAAGAAAGUCAACGCAUUCCUAGUGGCUCUGUGAUGUCGAAGACGGGUUUUUUGUCCUCUUCCGAAACAGAUUCGCUUAGGGGCGAACUUGUGUAUGUGACUUCCGGGGACGACGGGGCAAUCAUAUGUUCCGUUUGUGCCUCACAGUGCAAUCGCGUUUGGUCUGUAGAUGUGUUAGGCAACGUGUUGGUGUGGCGUGUCUUGUUUGAGGAUACAAAUGACGGUAAACGUAUGUGGAAGAUGUCAGUCAGGCACCGGCUUAAAUGUAACGGUGCUACAAGCGUAGAGGCGCGUGGGGGUCGCGUGUUAGUGAGGUGUGCCAACUUACCGGUGGUCUAUUUAUUUGAUGCCUCAAACUAUCAGCUGAUGCACGAAGUAGCGCUUCAUCAAAGGCCCUAUGUACCGGCGCUAACACUGUUACCAGAUGGAGAGGCUAUUGUGGCAGGGACGAAAGACGGUAAACUGUUAUCAUGGGAGUGCGCCUCUGGAAAACUUUGCACUCCAAUCGAGGGUUACGGAAAGGUUCAAGUAAACUUUUUGAUUAGAAGCAUUGUGUGGUCGGGUGACCAGCAAUUGUGUCUCAUCCUCGGCACCGAAGGUGGCGUUGGGUACGUUAAUAGUGACGCAAACACACACAUGACAUUUGUUGCUAUCGUCGGAACACCACGAACAACGGAGAGCGUCAUCCUUUGUAAUGAUGCUCAUGCUUCGGACUACUUCUGUUCCCGCUUUGGUGGUGAGUUGACAGCCCAGCAAGGGAGUCGAAAGUUUGCAAGGGAGAACUCUGUCGCUGCUUCUGUGACAACAGGAGAGACCAGACGAUUUUCACAUGUCAGCUUGGCACCGGAUGAGAAUGUGUCAGGGAAGAAAUUAACUCGCAUGGGUCAAAUUAUCGCUCUAUGGAAGGGCAUUGUUGGCCAACAUCGUCAUCUUAAGCAGAGGGAUGUGGAUGAGGUUCAGCCGCAUCCGGCGGAGGUGUACAUUGUGGAUGAUAGUUGA